ACGCCUCGCGAAGAUGGUGGCGCGCGCGGCGUGUGGCGCCCGUGGUCUGGCCAAGUCUCAGCGCAGCGCACCGGCCCGCGUCUCGCUGUCCGGGAGCCCACACCCACCGGAUCCCUGACCCCGCGCCCCCGGCGCCCCCCGCGCCCGGUUCCCCGCAUGCCUCGCGCCUGUAAGGGCAACGCGCUCUGGAAGGGUGGUCCGCGCCGUGGAGGAGGUGCCCGGAGCAGUACCCAAGCUGACUCGGGUUCCAGUGAUGAUGAGGCAGCCAGUGAGGCCCGCAGCAUCGCCAGUGAAUGCCCCAGCCUUCUCAGCACCACUGCAGAGGACAGCCUUGGGGGGGAUGUCUUGGAUGAGCAGGGCCGGCAGAAAGACCUUGAGGAAAAGCUGAAGGAGUAUGUGGACUGCCUCACAGACAAGAGUGCCAAGACCCGGCAGGGUGCUCUCGAGAGCCUGCGCCUGGCCCUGGCGUCGCGCCUACUCCCUGACUUCUUGCUGGAGCGCCGCCUCACACUAGCUGAUGCCCUGGAAAAGUGCCUCAAGAAAGGGAAGGGAGAGGAACAAGCCCUGACUGCUGCUGUGCUAGGCCUGCUCUGCGUGCAGCUGGGCCCUGAACCCAAGGGUGAGGAGCUGUUCCACAGCCUGCAGCCUCUGCUGGUCUCUGUGCUCAGUGACAGCACAGCUAGCCCUGCUGCCAGGCUCCACUGUGCUUCUGCUCUUGGCCUGGGCUGCUACGUGGCUGCUGCCGACAUCCAGGACCUGGUCUCUUGCCUUGCCUACUUAGAAAGUGUUUUCAGCCGGUUCUAUGGCUUGGGCAGCUCCACAACUCCUGUGGUUCCUGCCAGCCUGCACGGCCUGCUCUGUGCUGCCCUGCAGUCCUCGGCAUUGCUGCUCACCAUCUCCCCCAGCACCCAAAUCAGCCACAUCCUUGACAGGCAGCUGCCCCGGCUGCCCCAGCUCUUGUCCAGUGAAAGUGUGAACCUGCGGAUCGCUGCCGGUGAAACCAUUGCACUGCCCUUUGAGCUUGCCCGGGACCUUGAGGAGGUGUUUGUUUACGAGGACAUGGAGGCCCUCUGCAGUGUCCUGUGCACUCUGGCCACUGACAGUAACAAGUACCAUGCCAAGGCCGAUCGCCGGCGCCAGUGCUCUACUUUCCGCGCCGUGCUGCACUCCGUGGAGGGCGGUGAACGUGGAGAAGAGAUACUGCGCUUCAGCUUUGAGGUGCUCUACAAGGACAGCUGGGCUGGGCACCGGAUCUACACUGCCUUCAAGGAAGUGCUGGGUUCAGCUAUGCACCACCACCUCCAGAGCAAUGAGCUACUCCGUGACAUCUUUGGCCUGGGCCCUGUGCUGGUGCUGGAUGCCACUGCCCUGAAGGCCUGCAAGGUUCCACGCUUCAAGAAGCACCUGUACAAUGCUGCCGCCUUCAAAGCCGGGACCAAGGCUGGAAGCCGUGUGCGGGGCAAGCGGGCAGACAUCCUGUGA